GAGGCUGGACUGGGACAGUCAAACUCAAGUAGGAACAACUGGGGAACUCUGUCUGAAUUACUGUACAGAGGCUGACUUCUGACCAGGAAAGAGCAUUCCCUUUGCAGAGGGACAGAUAUAAAUAUAAGGACGCAAAAGGAGAAUUGAGGAAGCUCCGGUCCCAGGCUGAAGGGUUGUGCAGGACGAACAUGAGUUAGGAAAGUCGGACGAAGCUUUGGACAACGGAAGAAGGAAAGCAUUUACUCAUGGGAAAGGGUGGCUGCCCUGUGAUCUUCUUGGCUUUCUCAUGUCUGUCACAGAUUCCUCCAGUGGAACUCCAGGGGAGCUGCACAAACACUGGCCACUGCCCAGAUGCGAACUUGAUCCACAUCUGGUACAUUUGGCUGGCCUUGGCCAUUGGUGGGCUGCUCCUUCUCUGUGGCCUGGUCUCCGUUUGUGUGAAGUGCUGCUGCCUUAAUUGCCAACCGUCUGGGGAUGACAGCCGGACCCAGCCUUACGAGGUGACUGUCAUCGCAUUCGAUCACGAUAGCAGCACGCUUCAAAGCACCAUCACCUCCCUGCAUUCGACGUUUGGGCCGGCGGCUCGACGGAUACUUGCCGUGGCUCACUCCCACGGUGCUGUGCCAGGAAACCAUCCCUCUGCUGGAAGCGAAACGCCCCCUAUUUAUGAGGAGGCCUUACGCAUGAGUAGAUUCACCGUGGCCAGAAGCAGAGCAGGAAUGCCAGACCUGGAUCCAGUGCCAGAGGGACAGCGGCCGGCGACCAAAGCUCUGGAAGCAAAUCACCCCUGAGACCAGCCACGUCCCUGACUCAGAAAUCACUAAGAGAUACAAGUUCCAUAUGAAGAGAGUCCAAAAGUCCUGGCUAAUGUGAAUCCAGUCAAGUUGUUUGUCCUUUAAUCUAAUAGAUAGGAAUUGGAUUUCUUCCUGUUCUUUGACAUCGCAAAUUUCAAAUGGUGGUAUGAUAGAUAGAUAUUUAUUACGGCCUUUAGGCCAGCCAAUAGUUUAAGAACA